CUUCAACCAUACACAAAUUCCAAAGUUCCCCCUAAAACCCUCUUACAUUUUUCUCUUUUUCACCCUUCAAACAGAAAAACCCUCAAACCCCUUUCCUUCCAAUGCAGCCAUCACAAGAAAAAAUGCCAACUUUCCUGAACAAUCAUCAACAAACAAACCCUUAUUUAGACAUUAAAGAACCCCAAAUUCUAAUUUCUAAUACAAAUCAAAAUUUUACUUCUAAUCUUGAUGAUAACAAUUCCAUCAACAAGAAGCAAAGCCCACCAAAAAGAAAAUCAAACAAAGAUAGACAUAAAAAAGUUGAUGGUAGGGGAAGAAGAAUUAGGAUGCCUGCUCUUUGUGCUUCUAGAAUCUUUCAAUUAACCAAAGAAUUAGGCCAUAAAUCUGAUGGUGAAACAAUUCAAUGGCUUUUACAACAAUCGGAACAAUCAAUAAUUGCUGCUACUGGAACUGGAACUAUGCCAGCUUCUUUUUCAACUACUUCAGGAUCCUCUGUUUUAGAACAGAACAACUCUGUUUCUUCUGGUAUUUCUGGAAUUUCUGGGAGUUUAAGUUUGAUAAAUGGAAAUUUGGGAAGAACCCAUUUUGUAGAUGGAUCAUGGCCACAUGGGUCUAGCUUGGUUCAUGAUUUAGGGUUUUCGAGCUCGAGUUUUUUGAGACAAAGUAUGGAUUCUAGGCCUAAAAUUGGAGUUCAAGCAAUGGAAACAUCAAAUUUGAAUAUGGGUUUGGUGAAUUAUGGACAACAACAACAACAACAAAGGGACAAAUUAGAGAUUGGUUUAUCACAAGAUAAUGUUAAUUUUGGUGUUUUGAAUUAUGGAGCAAUUAAUCAAAUGUAUCAACAAAUUAGGCAUGGAAGAGAAGAGGUUGAUUUUAGUAGUGAUCAUCAGCAAAAUCUUGUUGAUGAUGGCGGUUCUCAAAGUUCAAGAUGAAUCGGGAAUUGGGAUGUGUUUUUCAUUGCAAAAUUCCAAACUUUUUGGUAAAAUUUUGAUUGAGGUGAGUUUAUUGAUCUGGGUUUAAUGGAAAAACCUAUUUUUUUUCUUGAACUUUUCUAGAACUCAUUUGCUCUCUUAUCUGGGUUAAAUCUUGUUGAUCAGUGAAGUAAGAGAAAUCAAUUAGGUUGAAGUUUGAUUAAAAGCUUUAAUUUUUUUAAUUUGGUUUAUGUUUGUGUAUUGGAUUUGGCAAGUAUUUAAGUAAAAUGUGUGUAAUAUAGACUAUAGUAGUGUAUUUUUUAAAAUUUUUGAGUAAUACUUCUAUGAUUUUGUA